GACACGCCCAAACCUGCGCAAAACUCUACGCGAGGUACUUCACUGGUAUUAUGCCGGUGUAAAUUCUUAAACAGGUUACCGAAUCAUUGAUACUGCAUGUUACUUAGAACACUGCUGAUGCUUAAUUACCGCGCCUAAGUAAAUUCAGUUCCGCUUUAAACUAUUUCCUUUCCGACUUGUUUUUACUUCCGCUAUAGACAGCUGUUUCCGAUUUAUGCCAGAAAUGCUUUGAAUUUAUCCUCAUUACCGGCACGUACAGAUUAGUAGUUGUAACAUAUGAGAUUUCUAUUUGUUUAAUCUUAUAAAAGGCAGACGUAUUGUGGCAAGAUGUGUGAAGUGGAAAUUUCAGCACAAGCCUACGUAAAAAUGCAUCUCCAUGCAGCUCAGUACCCCCACUGCACAGUGAAUGGGAUUCUGCUAGCGGAGAGAUGUAUAGGUGGGCGGAUGGACUGGUUGUGUGUAACUGAUUGCAUCCCUCUGUUCCAUAACUCUCUCUCACUUUCAGUUAUGCUGGAAGUGGCUCUGAAUCAGAUUGAAAUGUGGUCCUUACACAAACAACAGAUGAUAGUUGGAUAUUACCAGGCUAACAGCAGUCUGAGGGACAGUAGCCCCAAUGCACAUGCAUUGAAGAUUGUUGCAAGGAUAUCCGAGUACUUCAAAGAUGCUGUCUUGGUGAUGCUGGAGAACAGCAGGUUUUCAGCAGACUGUGAAAUCCCACCCGUUGCUGUUUUUGAGCGCAGGGAUAGUCACUGGAUCCCAAAAGACAAAAACGUGAUCAUGUGGAAAGAUUGGGAUGGAACCCGCCAGGUUUGCAAGGCCCUGAUGGUGCUCAAAUUUUACAGACUGUUAGUUGACUUUGAUAGCCACCUUGAUGACAUCAGGAGAGACUGGGCCAAUGAAGAUAUUAAUAAUAAAAUAUUGGAACUAACUUGUUCAGUCAAUGGACAUGCAUGACAGGUGAGAGAGGAUGCAGAACCAGUGAAAAGAGAGGAUUGGCUGACUAUCUGUACCGUACGACUCUGGCUGAUUUGAAACCAGCAUGAUCCUCUGGUAUGGUGUGAUGUGGUAUUGACUCACAGUAAUUAUAGCUUCUCAACAGCUUUUUAGAAACAACAACAUGAAUGUCUAGCUGAUGAGAAGUUCUUGCAGGCUGUGCUGGUCUCUAUGUGUUGUGGAUGUUUCUGGAUGAAAUACUACAUGCAAAGCGAGGGAGUGAUUCUACCAUCUAGCAUUGACACAGGAAUAUGUUAGCCUUUAUAUAGAGUGCAUUGAAUGUAAUUAAUUUACACUAAAGUUUGAGCAUGCAGCUGUCAAUGUCUCAUAUUAGAAGCUGUGAUACUUCACAAGGAAAAACUGCAGAAUGAGAUCAGUGCCACACUGAUGUCUCUGUAGGGAAGCUCUGUUGUAAUAAUGUUUCUCGGUUUUAUUUAUUAACUUCGGUUUCCUUUUUUGAUAGCUGGCUUACAUAUUAAUGUAUCCAGUUUCACAUCUAUGAAUAGUGGUUUAUCAAAAACGGACUGUGAAUGUAUGGUAAAGCUUUUUGUUUGCCUCUGAAUCAUUAACAGUAUUUAAUAAACUGUUUUUUCCCAAAA